AGUUUCUUUCCUCACUUUUUCCAAAUACUGGCAUAAACGGCAUUCAAAUCUGCACAUUGCUUGACAUUUUGUAAUUGAACAAAUUGCUCGAAUUUUUGGGCAACUCCUAUAUAUAGUGGAGCCGGUACCACUUGAAAUGUUAGUUUCGAGCAAAGCAAACGACACAUUGGUGGCACCAUUAAAAAAACCUCAAGGGACUAAAUAACCAAAAAACCACAAAGGAUACUAUUUCAAAAUCAUAAUGAACAUUAAUUGCUUUGUCAUAUUGCACUUGAUGGGUGCGAUGGUGUUGCUUAGCUAUGCAAACGCAAUCCCUAAAUAUGAAGACAGCCAUAAGUUUUAUGCGGACAAAGUGCAGCGAGAUAGAUCGUAUUUCAACGAAAAUAAGACGCAGCCCAGUGAGCCUCAGGCGGCUUCCACAAAAGAUAGACUGGAACGUCUGGGAUACACCACCGGCUAUGGAUCUCUAAAUGGAUAUCCUGGCGGCACUGGACUUUCCGCCUACAAUCCCAUAAAACUCGACUUAGGUGGCGUAGUUUUGGGAACCCUCGUGGGCAUUGGGGCCAUUAUAUUGAUUCCCAAAAUUCUAUCAGCGUUCCAUGGUGGUUACGGUGGCUACGGUCGAAGUGAAGAUAGUGACCUGACACCUCUGAGUACCAUGAUGAACAAAAUCGACGAUGUCCUGGGUCAGAAUAAUAUUGACUCUACGAGCUGCAUGCAGCGUGCUGUAUGUGGAUAUGUUCGCUCUACGGAAUAUAAUAUGAAGAUCGGUUCCCCUGACCAGAUGGACGAAUUUAUUCACAUGCUAUCGGAAAAUGCUUUGGUGGACUAUCUGCUGGAUGGAACGGCAAUUAAAGAGGCGCUGGAGCAUGGAAAGCGAUCCGACGAUAGAGCUUGUGAAGAGGUUUACUCUAAUUGCCCCCUAGACAGUAAAUCAGCUACGGACAUUCUGAUGAAGCUAAUGCCAAAGAAAAGCUCCCAAGGAAAGGGAAAGUCAUCGGGAAUAUCUCGGGAAAAGAAGGCUUAGUUAAUGUUUAUUGUUUCAAGUUAAACAAUAUUGUUUUGCAAUAACAGCACCCUUACAACCAAAUAUUUUCCAACAUUUAAAUAAACUCCAUUGUGUUAUCUUUA